AUGGCGGCGAACGGAGUCGCUGCAGAGAGCAGCUCGCCCAACUUCUUCAAAGAACUGCUGGUAGUUGGGGGUGGCUUUGGAGGAAUGUAUGCCCUACACAGGUUUCAAAAGUUGGGCAUCCCGGUGAAGCUGGUGGAAGCUGGCAGCAACUUUGGAGGGACCUGGCACCACAAUCGAUAUCCCGGUGCCAGAGUUGAUUCCGAGGUCCCAUUUUAUCAAUUGUCGGUCCCAGAGGUGUACAACACUUUCGACUUCACCGAGAGAUUUCCCGACCACGUCGAAUUGCGUCGCUAUUUCCACCACGCGGCAGAAGUCCUGGGCCUUUACAAAAACGCUAUGUUCAACACGAUAGUUGAAGGCAUCACCUGGAGCGACGAAUCCAAAGAGUGGACCUGCCGCACAACGGCUGGACAAGUCAUCACCUGCAAAUACCUUGUCUUAUGUACUGGAUCUUCUUACAAAAAGCACCUCCCUCAAUUCAAGCAACAUCACAACUAG